GCUGUUGUGUGCAUAGACAUAAUAUACGUGGACGCCUCAAAGCCUGACGCUGCCUAUUGGAGCUAUCGUAUCAGCUCGGCCGCCAUCUUGGAUGGAUCCCCCGCGCGCCUCCAGUGCAUUAAGGUAAGUAGGAACGCCCAACCAUAUUGAUAAUAACUCUCCGAAUCUUUGCCCGAUUUUCACACUGUUUGGUAUGUUACAACGGCAGGGAUGCAGCAAUAAUACAGGACAAUGCCACAUAUUAAAAAUAAAACAAAUCAUUUUUCAAUCCUUUUUGAAAUGUAAUCGUACGUGAUCUGGUUUCAAUACUGCGUCGGGUUUUUCAACCAUGGAGUGCAAAUAAAACGGGCAUAGUAGCUCGUUCUCCAGUGACCGUUUGGCUCUUGAGCGAGAAUGGAGUGGGGAGACCUAUCCAAUAUGGCGGUGACGCUGAAUUACCCUCCAGCACGUAACGAGGCGUCUACGUAUAUAAUGUCUCUGGUUAUGUGUGUCAGCGAUACGGAAACAGCAUGUUCUCUCCGCAUGUUUGACAGGCCGGUCUGACUUCAAGUAGCAAGUUUCAUUCACUUUACAAGCCACGGUAUAUGACUCUAUCUGCUUUCAUCAUACAAACACACACCCUGACCGGGUAGCCUGAUGUGUUUAGUAUAAAGCUUGUAUCAUUAAUCUCCUGUUUAUGCUCUAACUUUGUAGCUUCUUUAAGCUAAUGUCAUAGUUAGCUAAGUUAACCGGUGUCAUUGCUAUUCCUGCAACCACAUUACAUGUUUAUAUAUUGUUUUAUAUUAAACAAGGUUAUACUAGCUGGUUGAUAAUACGGUUCAUCCCAAUAAGUCUUAUAAAGUCGUCCUCCCCGAGUUUAAGUGAUGACAGUGCAUCUGUGUCUCUCUCUUUGUCUCUCUUCCUCAUUAGGCUCAUUAUAUAGCUGUGAUUUACAUAUCUUGGUACCAGCUACGACAGAUACAUCGACGGAUACACCUCGGUGUCUAGGAUGUCCUCGCAGGCAGAAGAGGCUGCAGAGCAGGGUUCAAACACAGAGGGACCAUCUAGCUCUUCAUCCACUGACAAUGGUGCUACCACCUCAGGAGACAUCAUCACCGUCACCAUUGGAGCCACUGUCCCCACAGGGUUUGAGCACACUGCUGCAGAAGAGGUCAAGGAAAAAAUUGGUGUCGAAACACGAAUCAGCAAAGACCGUGGCCGCAUAUACUUUCCCAUAACAACUGACAAGCUUUACCAGGUAUGACAUUGUGAUUAAGUGCUUGCUUUAUUUUUCCUCAGAGGUUGUCAAACUACAAACUUUCUUGAAUAGAAUUUGAGCUCUUUGAAUGUAGCCCCAAUCAAGAUUUGACCCCCUUAAAGGGAUAUUCCGGCAUAAAAUUAAUUUUGGGUCAAACACAACGCAACACCAAGUUAGACACCCCAUCAAGAGAUGAAUGUUGUCGACCGCUUGCUUCUCUAGUUAUACCAACUUUGGUAACAACCGCAUGAUAGCAAUACAGAGAGCCACGCAUGCAACCAAAACGCCAUUCUAUAGCCACAAAUAAUACUCAGAACAGCACCUAACUUCAUCAACUGCACAGAUAAGGUCCCAGCCAUAGCAGUAUCUUUUUAGCUGUGCCUGAUUUCUUUAGCAAAGAUACUAAACACAACUCACCCACUCUCUUCCAGCAGCUGCUUGUUUGUAGCGGGACCUCCGGGCGAGUCCAUCACCGACUGCAGUGGGGUGACACAGCUCAAGGAAGAACCUUUAUGAUCAUUUCUUCAUGGAAAUGUAAUCAGACCGAGACACUAAGGCAGAAGAACUACCGCGUCUACAGUGCAAAAUGAUUAAUAUGAUGAUUAUUACUUCAAGGAAAUAAUAAAGAAAUGGUCAUAAAUGUUCUUCCUUGAGCUGCGUCACCUCACUGCAGUUGAUGGACUCGCCCGGAGGUCCUGCUACAAACAAGCGGCUGCUGGAAGAGAGUGGGUGAGUUGUGUUUUGUCUCUUUGCUAAAGAAAUUAGGCAAAAGUAAAAAGGUGUUUGGCGGCUAGUGCUGUGGCUAGGACCCUAUAUGUACUGUUGAUGAAGUAAGAUGCUGUUCUGAGCAUUAUUUGUGGCUAUAGAGUGGGGUUUUGGUUGAGGUUUCUUUAUGGCUCCUUAGACUGCUGUUUAUUGCUAUCCUGUGGUCGUUAAAGUUGGUAUAACUAGAGAAGUAAGCGAUUGGCAGCAUUCAUCUCUUGAUGGGGUGUCUAACUCUGUGUUACAGUGUGUUUGACCCUAACUUAAUUUUACGCUGGAAUAUCCCUUUAACUUUCAUUCGAAAAUAUGCACAUGUAAGUUUUCUAAUACUCAGUCUGUCUGGGUGAUUAUUGAAUUUCCCUCUGUAGGCCCACCUCUUGAGGUCUGUGGACAACCUGUUUGUUGUGGUUGAGGAAUAUGAUCAUUACCAGUUCAAAGAGUCAAAGGUAAGCUGCAACCAAUUUUAUUCUACUCUAAAUAAUGUGAAAAGCAUCAUCAUCAAGUUGGCAAAUGUGUUCUGUACAGGAGGAGACUUUGAUGGAGCUGCAUGAGCUGGCCUCCAAACUCCCUUGGACUAAAGCUUUGGAAGUUUGGAAACUAAAUCGCUCACUGAAAAAGAAGAAAGGCCAUCGAAAAGGAGGGAAUGGCUCCAAAUCAAAACUUGAAAAUGUGGCUACUGAUUCACCUGUGCCUAAUACUGAACAACAAGAGUUACCGGAAGCACCUGCUCCUGGAGGCCAGACAAAUUCAGAAAGCACACCUGACAUGGAGAGCAGCAUGCAGGAGUCAGGGGACACGGCACCUGAGGCCAAAGUCAUCAAGUUUCGUGUGACGUGCAACAGGGCCGGUGACAAGCACAGCUUUUCUUCUAACGAGGCAGCCAGAGACUUUGGUGGGGCUGUGCAAGAAUUCUUCCAGUGGAAAGCAGACAUGACAAAGUUUGACAUAGAGGUAGGUUUUCUUGUUUGGACUUGACUGACGCACAGCAAAUACCAUCGAACAAGCCAAAAAAAACGUUGCCCGUUUAGAUAACUUUGCAUGACAUAACCUUGUAUUUAGUAUAAACAUCAGCAAAAGGAAAAUUGAGAAGAGUUGAGUAACAUUUUCCAGACAGUAUUGAGCUGCCAUCACAACUUUUUGGAACCAAAGGUGGUGUAUCCAAUCUGCUUAGGCCAAAAUACAUAAAUAAAUAUCAUGUCUGAGGAAUAAGUGUUAUGGCACCAAUGUUUCAAAAUCACAGACACUGUAAUGCAAAUCAAAACAGCGAGCAACGAACUCUGAAAACAGCUUCAGCUCUAUACAGUGCAAUAUAAAAGCAUAUGCACAGUUUAAUUGAUCAUUUGUUUCUGUAUGUUCCUGUACUGUAGGUAUUACUUAACAUACACAAUGAAGAGGUGGUGAUCGGCAUCGCACUUACAGAAGAGAGCCUUCACAGGAGGAACAUCAGUCACUUUGGGCCUACAACUCUGCGCUCUACCUUGUGCUAUGGCAUGCUCAGGUAAUUCGAUAGCACUGUUGGCAGCAUGUUCACACCCUGUGAGGCAGCCGACCUUACAAUGUAAGGUUCAGAUGACACUCAAUACCUCCUUUUUAUGAGGCCAUAAAGCUUGUUCAGACUUAAAAAAACAAAGAAUAAAAUCAGACAAAACCUCUAGCAUGAGUAAUGGCACCGCCUGUUUGUGCAGGAGUUGAGACAUAGAAAGCACCAGACUGAUUCAGCCCCAGAGAUGGAAAUGGGCAUUUUCUAGUCCACAUUUCUGCAACUUAGUAUCUGUGCACUGCAUUGGUGCACAGAGAUGCUGUCUGCUCAGCAUUGCAGUUUGUGGAGCAUUUAACUUGUUACACGUGUGUUAUGACUUUGAUCUUGUUUGGUAUCUUUUUUGUUUUUGUCUGAUAUAUCCAAGUGUAACAGGCCUACAUUUUGUACUAACGUAUAAACGUACAGUACAGGCCAAAAGUUAAGACACACCUUCUCAUUCAGUGCAUUUUCUUUAUUCUCAUUACUAUUUAAAUUGUAGAUUCUCACUGAGGGCAUCAAAACUAUGAAUUAACACAUGUGGAAUCAUGUGCUUGAGAAAAAAGUGUGAAAUAACUGAAAACAUGUUUUAUAUUUUAGAUUCCUCAAAGUAGCCACCCUUUGCUUUUUUGAUAGCGCUGCAAACUUUUGCUGUUCUCUCAAUGAGCUUCAUGAGGUAGUCACCUGAAAUGUUUUUUACUUCACAGGUGUGCCUUGUCAGGGUUAGUACUUCUGUCAUCAAGAGCAAAGGGUGGCUAUUUUAAAGAAACUAGAGUAUAAAACAUCUUUUCAGUUAUUUCACACUUUUUUUAUAAGUAAAAAAUUCUACAUGUGUUCAUUCACAGUUUCUAUGCCUUCAGUCAUAAUCUACAAUGUAAAUAGUCAUAUAAAAAAUAAAGAAAAGACAUUGAAUGAGAAGGUGUGUCCAAACUUUUGGCCUGUACUGUAUAAACUUCUCAAACAGAGAGAGCGUUAUAUGAUUGGCUUGCCUCUAAUACGAGCCUAAUUUGUGUAAAGCUCUCUUACCUUCUGGGGAAUGACAGAGAGCAAGUUCAUUGACAGCUGUACAUAAUGGCAACAUCAUAUUAAAAAAUACAACGAUCAUCAUAACACCGUUAUUCCAAUCAGUACACUUAAUGUAUAGGACAUGGAUUUUGGAGCCAGUACCGCGUUAACUGGAUUUUUGAAUGUAUUCAAGAAACAGAGAAAUGUAUACCUGGAAAAAUACUAAAGAUUAUGACAGAAGCAACACUUAUUUUUUACACAUUUUUAUUUUUAUCGUCAGACUAAAAUGGACAUGUAUCAAGCCUUAUCCACCACUCUGCCAUUUGACUCAAUGGUUUUGAUAAAACAAGUUUGAUCUUUUUUGCAUAACAAUAACAAUGACACAUCUAAUGAUAGGUGUGUGCUCCUUGGCAGUUGCAAAUUAGACAGAGGAUUGUGGUCGACUACUUGACAAAAACCCUGCCUAGCUGCAGCAAAAGACUCAAACAUACCAGUAGAUAGUAGAUUUGAUUUUUAAAAAUGUAUUUCUAACUCAAAGUUGUUAGAGAGAGAGAGAGUCAAAUAGAUGAAGACAAUAGACAAACACUGAAUUUUCACCAGCAGGAAGCUGAGCGGUGUUCCACCAGUUAACCACAAAUAACCUUUAACUGAGCUGUGUCUUAUUUAAAAUUGGUCAAAUGAAGAAGAAUAAAGAGUUAACUUGAUCCUUUGCGAAACAGAUAUUUCCAAAACACAUUGGCAGGGCGGGGGAUUAAAUAUAGAGUGAAGUAGGCAUGACUGAAUUUUUGCAUAUCAAGACUGGUGUGAUCAUAGGGGUUGCCAAGAAAAACUGAUCUCCAUUUAGAUAAUCAUUUCAGUGACAGCUCAGGGUUUAUAUCAAGCAGUAACACAAUAGCUCUAAAACACUCCCUCAAGUAAAAUUUUCCAUCAAGGUAAGCACGUACGUACGUCAAAAACAUGCUACACACAAAAAGCACUUUUGACGUCCCCAUCGGAAUUCACCCAUACUGCUAUAUGCUUCAACUAGCUUUUCACAAAGAGGUGAUGUUCUCCCCGACUUUUCCAGCUGGAUCUGCUCCAAUGUUUCUGCUUAAGAAGAGUUGAAAGUUGAAGUUUGUUUCAAAGGUGAAACUAGUUUUGCUAGGUAUGAAAUUAAGUGUCACUAGUUUUUGGUUCAGUUAAUAGUGGAUGUUUGUUGACCUCAGCUCAGACCUCUGAUGGUUUAUAAGUUAAAAACGGCACUAAGGCUGACGUGACAACAGUAGCGCAUAGAUGCCAUUUGUUAAUUUGACAGCCUGCUGUAAUUUUAGGCAUGGAGCAAGGACAAUGUGCCAUUGUUUUAUAACAAGGGCAAUUAAUCUAGAUUACUUUAAUUAUCCAUUUAGAAUGCUGUACGCAAUUGCAGUAUUAUCCAUCCUAAGUAAAGAACGUCAUCUCUGUUGUAAGGAAAUCCAGGGUAAUAAUAACCAGGUCAAAGUUUUCCAAAAACAGUUUUUGUUUGUUUAGACAAGAAGGUUCUUCUUUGGGUUGUAGUAAAACUCAGAAUCACGUGUCACGUUUCUUAUCUGGAAAGUGCACGGUCACUUAGUGGAACAAAAACAUUUCUGCCCAUUCAAAAUGUACACAAUGAGAGCUGUGUGAUACAAACACAGGUGUAACACAACGCUUGCAGCAUCACAAAAAAGGAACUGGAUGCAUUUCAAGUGUUCCACAAUGAGAAAUUAUUUAAAGUGUGUGCUAUAAAUAUCUAAAGCUGUGAACCUUUUGAAUAACUUUGCAAAGAUUUUGAGACUUGUUACCCCAUGUGUAAAAACAGUUUCAAAACCAAAUCAAGUCAACAAGAAAAAGACAAAGACACAAUGAAAAGCGGCUCAGCUCAACAGAACUGUAUUGAUGCUUUCAAAUGUACAUCUUUACAGGUUUCAUAUUUACAUAUUUACAGGCAUAUUUACAUAUGGUAUGGGAAUAAGGGAAGGAAAGGAAGUUAGGAAAGGGGGGUUUAGGGUUAGGAAGGAGGUUAGGAGGGAAGUUGGGAAGGGAGUUAGGAAAGGGGGGGUUUAGGGUUAGGAAGGAGGUUAGGAGGGAAGUUGGGAAGGGAGUUAGGAAAGGGGGUUUAGGGUUAGGAAGGAGGUUAGGAGGGAAGUUGGGAAGGGAGUUAGGAAAGGGGGGGUUAAGGUUAGGAGGGAAGUUGGGAAGGGAGAUAGGAAAGGGGGGGUUUGGAGGGAGGAUGAGGUUAGGCUGGGGAUUUUUUGACCUCAGCCAGGUCUGACUGUUUUUCAGUCUCAGUCCCUUUGUCCUUGUCAUUUGUCUUCUCCUCAUCUUGUUUUGAGGUCCCCUCUUCCUGGAGUAUUUUCUUUUUCUCAUCCUCUUCCUUCAUCUCAUCAUGUUUUUCUACCUCCUCCUCUUCGUUCUUCUCCUCCUCUUGUUCUUGCGAUGCACCCAGCUUCAGCUGCUGUUGCACAGAGUUUUGGAGGGUCUGAGAAAGAAAUGGUGUGUUAGUUGAUUCAGUAGAAACCUUUAAAUAUUCUCUAGAGAAUCAAAGAAGUGAUUAUUUUGAUAGUGUAAUAUAUCUGAGCUCUGAAGUACCUGCAGAUUGUCUAUUUGGGUAUGGAGACACUUUUGCAGAUCAUUGUAUUUUGUCCUCCAGUUCUCCUCAUUUCUCUGAAGCUGCAGGUCCUUUCUGUUGAGAAGAUCCAGGGUGUCUAUGUGGGCUCUGGUGCGCUCACGCCUUUUUUUUACAGCCCUACGCAGAGCCUCUCCCAUCACCUUGAGCUCUUCUGUCAGCCUGCAGACUUCAGAGUUUUUGUUUGCCAGUUUUUCUUCAUAGGCCUUGUGUAAGUUCUGCUCCUUUUCAGCAGCCCUUUUCACCUGCUCAUCUUUGAGCCUCAGUUGCUCUUUGACGUGGAUCAACGUAGAAUCUGUCUGAGCCAGGAGGCCAAUGGUAUUUUGAUGGGCCCAUUUUGUGUUCUGCACCUUCAGCUGGGCUUUUCUCCGCAGGUUGUCUUUGAGAUUCAGCUCCUCUUGGAGUUUCUGAAUAUCUCUUUCUUUAUCAGCAAGGUGCUCUCCAUGGGCCUCGAUCAUGCACUUCUCCAUUUUACCUGCGGUUUCCAGGAGGUCAGUUUUGAUUUUGAGCUGCUCUUGCAGUUCAGCAAAUUUGGCCUUGCUUUGCUUUUCUCUGUCCUGCUCCUUUUUCUUCAUUCUAAUGAGGUGGUCAUCUUUUUUUGUGAGCUCCUCUUGCAGCUUUGUCAGCUGUCUCUCUCUCUCUGGGUGAGCAGGUCCAGGGUCUUCUGGUGGGCCUGGCUUAUGUCCUCAUGUUUUUUUUUCAGUUCAGCGUGUUUGCUUUCAUGCUGGCUGAUGGAGACUUUCAAUACUUGGUUUUGCUCUUUCAGAGUCUUCAGCUCAGCGAUGGUGGAGCAGAGAGUUUCUCUCAGAUUCUGGGCAAUCUGAGCAUCACUGAGCUGGGGACGGGGUCUCUGCAGCUGAACGGCAUUUGGGGUGUUCAGAGUGUGAACAGCUGCCACAUAUGUGACUGGCACACGGGGCUGAGAGAGAGCAAAUGACAUGAGGUUCAUUUAAAAAAAUACAGAACAUUGUAGACAUGGAUACAUAACAAGUGUGGUUAUUUACAGAGAGUUCAGUGAGAAAGUCUUACCAGGUAUCCUGCAGGAAAUCUCCCGUACAUAGUGGUACAGAAAGGAUCGUUGUUAAAGUUGUUGUUAAAUGCUGAUAAUAAUCUUCCAAUACACAGAGAUGAUGCUGCUCGCUCGAUGGUUUGAGUUGGUCUGAUCAUUCUCUCCAGGAGAUAGGAGGCUUCUCACACAGGGUUUCACCUACUUCAUAUUCAAAUGAUGCAUUUUCUCGAUAUGAUUCAAAAACAUAACUUUUAGUGUGAAGUUUAAAUUGCUUUAUUAGUGUGAACAAUCAGUGUUGCUUUCAGCAAAGACGUUCACAAAACAAAUCACAUUUAUGUCACAAAUUCACAUCCCAUGAUAGUAUGGUUAUCUUACAUUUCUUCAAAGAUUAAACUUUUUAUACUUAAAAAAAACAAACAAACAAUUCAAUGUAUUAAAUCUACAUGUAGUUUUCUUACAGUUUGAUGAUGACAGAGUGAGGGUUAAACUGCUCCUCUGUGUUUGGGCUCUCACUGAGUGGGUGAGGCCCUCAGGUUGUUGCAGACAGACAGAUAGAAACAUACUGAGCUGCUAAUGGAGCCGUUGGUCCUUCAUCCAGAAGGACUGACAGCUUCUCGUCCGGGGGUAAAGUUAGGUAAAUCGGGUUAUUGAUAUAAUAUAUAAAACACUUUUUUGAGAGAUAACCUUAGCCUAGAAAUUAUAUAAGAUAUACACAGUCUUAUUUAUUACCCAGAAACCAAGUACAUACAUGGCAACGGAUUCUAAUUAGCCUUCAUGUAAACCUCAGAUUUUCAGUGUUAAAAGAUCAAAGUUUUUCUGUUGGCUUUUUAACUACCAGCAAGUAAGUAAAUAAAUAAAUCAAUAAAAAUUAAAACAGAAAAAAAACAAUAAAAAUUAGAAUAAAAAUAAUAAAAAUAAGAAUAGAUAAAACAAAAUAAAAAUUAAAAUAGAAAAAAAAUAUUUACAGAAACAUCCUUUUUCCCAUUUUUAUUUGAUUGUUUGGUAAAUGAGUGAUUGUAUAAUUAUGAAUGAAUGUUUACGUCAUGUUUUAUUUUCUGUGUUUGACCCCAGGAAGACUAGCUUUGUCUUGACAAAAGUUAAUGGGGAUCCUAAUAAACAAUAAACAAUACAUAAACACUUGCUGUUUUCCAGUACCCAUACGUCCAUUCUUGUAACCAUGCCUAGGAGAAAUUUAGUUUGCUCCAAUUUGUGUUUAUAAAAAGCAGUGAGCCAAAAAGUCCCAAGAUUCACAACAUCAACUAACAAAUGUAAUUGCACUUCAUGCAAAGCUAGUAUCUUAUAAAGGCAGAUGCAGUAUGUACUGUAAUAAAAGAAAACUUGAUAAGCAAUCUAGUUAUAGUCAAAAUAGUAGUGGAGAUAAUGGUUAGGGUGUCCUGAGAAAAAAGGUGUAGCUAGGUGUAACAUAAAAGACAGAAGGGCUAUGUUAUUGGGUUAUUUACCUGUUUGUGUUUAUGAGAAACACAUGGUGUUUGGUCAGUUUGUGUUCAGUGUUUUCUUAAAGUGCAGUGGUUUGGAGAUUGCUGAUCCAUUUCUAAAUUCACUAUCAAAAAUCACACCGUUUGACUCUCCACAGUAGAAAUCUGUGUUAUGUGGUUAUGACAACCAUGUGCUCAUCAUGAUAAAGGUGCUAUGAGUUUGAACAACAUCCCUUUCUCUUGUAUUUAUUUACACACCACGGUACAUCUGUGCUUUAUUUAUUCUUUUCGUCUUUUUACAGGCUGUGCAAACCUCAAGUAUCUGAUAUAAUCCUUGACCCAAUGUGUGGGACUGGAGCUAUUCCACUGGAGGUGAGACAUAACUUCCUAAAUAUGGUGGCAUCAUUUAAAUGUGUGGUUUUGGAAGAGAGUAUAAGGUGUACAGAAAAUAAUAUCAAAUUACCUGAAAGUUCCUGUAAAUGUAUUUUUCAUUAUUACAGUGAUUUUCACAGACCUGCACCUAUCUUUUUACUUAACAGAAAACUUUUAAAGUUAUUUACCCUUGUCUCUUUGGUCAGGCCUGUUUAGCUUGGAUUAAAUAUUUGUUCAUAUCAGGCUGCUUCCUUCCACAAUCUCAAAAUAAACACAUUUACUGCCUCAACAUGUGGCCAGCUGGACAUCAUCAGAGUGGUUUACUGAGUGCUUUGAAGGAGCAAGAGAGGGGGGGGGGUCCUAAGACCAGAGAAGAAAACCACAGACGCGACUGAUUCCCAUGAUAUAUUUUUUUUCUUUCUCAGGGGGCCAUUGAAUUCAACUCUUCAUUCUACAUCGCUGGAGACAACUAUGACAUGGCAGUGAACCGCACAGUUAAUAACAUAUGCCAUAUCCAGAAACGGAGGGCAGAAAAGGGCGGGUGAGAGGGACAGAGGAAAAGCUUGUGUAGUCAUCUUGAGUUGAAUUGCAAACUAAAGUCCUCUUCUGAUGCUGUCAAACAGUGCGUCUGGAUUGCCCAUUGACACAGUGCGUUGGGACCUGUGCAACUUACCCAUGAGGACCAGCUCUGUUGACAUUAUCAUCACUGACAUGCCCUUUGGGAAGAGGUACCGAAGCAGCAGUGAAAAAGAAAGACCAUAAUAUUUGAUGAGAUUUUCAGUUUUUGUAGUCAUUGUUUACUUAGAAAAUAUGAUGCAGUCCCUUUUGUCUUAAAGAAUGGGCUCCCGGAAGAAGAACUGGGACCUCUAUCCCUCCUGUUUGAGAGAAAUGGCCCGUGUGUGCAGACCAGGAUCAGGAAAGGCUGUGUUGUUGACACAAGACAAGAAAUGUUUCUCCAAGGUAAACUUAAUACCCACACAGAUCCCAUGAAUUUCAACAUUUUCCAGUAAAAGAAGACGCUGUAACAUUAGUGAGAAUAAUGUUAUCUAUUCACUUACUUGAAAUGUGAACUGGACAUGGGUCUGCUGCCAACUUUUGGGAAUUUCCUGUUGGGAAUAUCACACCAGUCUUCUUCAGAAGCCUAAUUUCACAUGAAGUAGCACAUGACACCAAAUACACUUCAGACACCAGCCAACAAAAACAAAUCACUCAUAGAAAAUGGUGUGUUAUCAAACACAGAAGCAACACUUGUUAAAUGCCUUCUGCUGAUGCUCUGAUUUUUCACGCUGAUAAUUACACAGCUAUUAAAACGAAUUUCGUUCCUUAAGUUGUGAAACCUGCUGACAGGUCAUGACACGUAGCAAAGCUACAUUAUUUGUACAAACAUGAUAUUCCUCAAAUAGUUUUAGUGGAAAGUUUUUGCACGCUUGUCUCCACACAUUGUUGAUGCUGAGUGAUGUAAAGAUCAAUGCAACCUUAGCAUAUAUGCCAAAUUAAUAUGAUAAAUAUUGUUGUUAUUUUCCACUGGGGUGUGUACAGGCAAAACCGCACAAUAAGUUAUGCAAGUAUAAUUAAUGGCUAAUGGCGUUCAUGGUUCCGCUCCAACCUACGAGACUACUACCGCCACAGGCAUGGAGUUUGCGCAAAUUCCUUGAAGGACAUUACGUAGUAAACACUAUGUUCUAUAUUCCACCCAAUACUUGUUUUGGUUGUGCUCUCCGCCCCUUUGUAAUCAAUGGCUGUGUCUUAGGAAGGCUGAGAUGGAGGUGUGUUGAGAUCAAACUAACUCAUGCAUGAAAGUGGCAUAGUCAAUCACAGUUUAUUGUCAUGAUAUGAGCAUCGGCAGGAAGCAGAAAACCAGACACUACCUUGCACUUAGGAUCAUCAGCAAGAUUUGAACAUUUGACCUGUUUGAGCCUAGGAUCCACAGGCUGGGCUUUUAAAUUAUUUGGUCAGCAAUCUGUAAAACAAAUUUAGGUUAAUUAGCUUCAAUUUGAUGGUGACUGUGGGAUAUUGCAUGAUGAUGGCUGAGGAAGGAAAGAAGAGCUACAAAAAUGUGUUUUACAGUCACCUGAUGUAGCGUGAGUUUGUAUUUACAUCUCGUUAGAAAAAUAUCAAUGUUGUGCUUAUCACCUAUGUCUUUGUAGUGCUGGCAAAGUACCAAUUAAGUAUUCAGUUGGUCUUUGUUAAAGGUAUGCUGUGAUAACACGCCUGUCUUGACUUACCAACCAGCUGAUUCUGACCAGCAAAAGUAACGCCAGUGAGGACAUGAUGAUGUCUGACAUGAAAUCAAAUGAAGGAAAGGAGGGAAGUUGAUGUUUGAAAAAAAUGAUGGAGUAAUUACAAUUACAGACUCACAAUUUUCUAGACAAUUUUCUACACACACACUCCCUUGUAUUUUAGCAGAUCCCUCUUUGGAAGGAAAGGAUUGUGAGUCAUGAAAGAGUGUUACACCUUUUGACAAUUUCCCUUUAUCAAUUUUAGGGUUUUCCCAGUAUGAACAAACUCAAGUAAUAAAUAACAAAAAGUUGAUUGUGAAAUGGUGAAAGACACCUUUGUUGGUUACGUGUGCUCUUCCACAUCAUCAUAAAAAAACUCAAAGGUUUGUGUGCAGAAUAAGGUCUCUGAAUAACCUUAAAUAGUUGGAGUCAUGUAACAUCAACUCUACUUACCUCAUUGGAGAGGAUUCUAAACAGCUGUAUUUGUCCAAGCAAAGACCAUGUUUAACCCAAAACAAGUGUCUCAUUUGUUAGUUUGCCCUUACGAGAUUUAUGCUACCUCUAGGCUAUUUCGAGGAUGGGAGGGCUGUGGAGAAAGCUGCACACUGUUUGGGUCAACGUCGGAGGUUUACACGCCGGAGUCUACCUCCUCAAGAGGACGGGGGCCGUGUUUGGUGAAACACCGGAAGACAUCUAUGAAUCACGAGGAUUGACUAACACGCAGGCAGACGAGAAGGAUGACAAGGAGCUCUCUUAACUUACAUCCUGUAGCGAAGCUUGGAAUUUGUGUUUGAGAAAUGUUUAGUUUACAUUAUGUGUAUUUUUACAGAUUUAACACUUUAAAAUUGCUUCCUCGGUCACAUGUGCCAAAGGGUUUAAUUUUUGUAUUUCACAUUUAGUUCAUCUUGAUAAGCUGGUAUCUUGGGAGGACAAGCCUAUGACAUAAAAAGUGGCUAUUUAAUGUCCCUCAAACACUCAGACACCUGAGUGUUUGACAACCUCCUGAAAGUUUGCUGAUCGCAUCUGUGGGGCACCAAAUGUUAAAAUUCAGUCACUGUUUAUUGGUGACAUUUUUUGAAGAUUUAGCUCAAUCAUCUCACAUUUAGCCCGUUUUUCCUUCAUUUGAGACCGAAAUUCAUGUAAAAAAGCAUUUUCUUUUUAUUUGUUAAAAAUGUGUACACAUGAAAAAUACAUCUAAAUGUUAAAUCUAAAUCUGUAUGCUAUAUUUAACAUUUAUUUUUAGAUUUAACAUUUAGAUUUAUAUUAAGGAUUUAGAUUUAACAUUUAGAUUUAGAUUUAGGAUUAGAUUUAGAUUUAGGAUUUAAAUUUAUGAGCAAGAUUUAGAUUUAGAGUUCACAUUUAGAUGUAGCAUUUAGAUUUAACAUUUAGAUUUGGAUUUAGGAUUUAGAUUUAGAUUUAGGAUUUAAAUUUAUAAGCAAGACUUAGAUUUCACAUUUAGAUGUAGCAUUUAGAUUGAACAUUUACACAUUUUAAAAAAAUAAAUCAAAUAUGCUGUUUUGCACGAAAUUCGGUCUCAAAUGAAAGAUAAACGAGCUACAUAUGAGAAAAGUGAGCUAAAUCUUCACAAAAUGUCGCCUAUUAAUCUGUGACUGAAUUUUUAUAUUUGGCGCCCCACACGCACCUAUCAGACCUAUUGUGUUCACUUUGCUGUUAUCAGUCAUCACUCUUUGUUCUUGUCAAUAAAUAUUCAAACUGUU